AUGGCUGGAAUCACAAGACCUAUGAGUCAGAUGAGGAAACUUGAAACCAAAGAGGCACUAUUCCGAGCCAGGAAGCGUAUCCUCAAGGUCUUGGUGCUGGGCUACUUGAAGCAGGAGGGCUUCUUCCACACAGCCGACACGUUCGCGUCGGAGGCAGCGCUUACUGGGGAGUAUGAAGUCUGCGAUAAUAUUGAUCUGGAUAUUAUAUUGCAGGAUUACUGCAGCUACUACCUGAUCCGUUUCAACAAACAACCCCAGUUCUGCCGCAAGGUGGAGGAACGAGCCCCCCGCCGCCCUCAGACCAGGAAGACGAGGGAACGUACUGAACCUGUGGUCAGCGAGGAGUUCGUUAAAGAUGAAGUGGAUCUGCCAUCUAGUUUCACUGUUACUAAGUUAUUGAAGGACGAACAAACCAUCCACACCAUACCACCAAUAGACAGAAAGCCUCUAGCUGGUUUCCUGAGCCACGCGAGUCAUGACAAGAAGCAGCUAGUUGAGUUAUUGUACCAGGACAUCAUCAGACCUACGGGGGUGACGUGGGACGAUGUGAAGGGGCUGGCUUCGGCUAAGAGCUUGCUUAUGGAGUCUGUUGUUUAUCCUGUGAGAUAUCCAGAAGUGUUCACGGGUCUCCUAGAACCCUGGCGAGGCGUGCUGUUACACGGGCCACCUGGCACCGGCAAGACGAUGCUGGCCCGAGCUGUGGCUGGUGAGAGCUGCUGCACUUUCUUCAACGUAUCCUGCAGCACUAUUGUCAAUAAGUGGAGAGGGGAGACUGAGAAGAUUAUUAAGGUCCUCUUCGAAAUGGCGUCCUACUACGCUCCUUCCAUAAUCUUCAUGGACGAGAUAGAGACCCUAGCAUCAGACCGCUCUUCCCCCGGCGAACACGAAGCGUCACGCCGUCUGAAGGCGCAACUCCUUACUGAGAUUGACGGCAUCGGGGGACGGGACGGGAUUAUAUUUCUUCUGGCCAACUCUAAUUUGCCUUGGGAAAUAGACCCAGCAAUGUUACGAAGACUCGAAAAGAGGAUCUACAUUCCUCUCCCCGAAUUCAAAACCCGUGAGGAGUUGUUCCAAACGUACCUGAACGCGAAGAACAUAGAACUGUUCCCUAAAGUGGACUUCAAGGAGCUGGCCAGCAAGACUGAGGGGUACUCCUGCAGCGACAUUAAGUUGGUCUGCAAGGAGGCCCUCAUGUCCACUGUGAGGAAAUUGCUGCCGAACUUGAGUGUGAAAGGUCACGCAGCCAAUCGAAAGGAUAGACUAGAUCUAGCAGAAAUUCUCACAGCCAUAGAGAAGACCAAGCCAGUUUCAAAGAAUCUUACUAAGCGUCACGUGGAAUGGCAGAAUGAAAUGGGCUGUUGUUAGUCUGAAAUAACGUCAUAAUUAAGGGUCCCUAUUUAUUUAUUUAUCUAGAUUUUAAAUCAUGAAUUUGUUGAGUCGCAUGUAACUUUUUAACAGCUUUUUUGGCUCUCAAGACAGAAUUAUUUUAUAACAGGAGGUAAGUAAUGACAUAGCUCUUCACUUUGAACUAAUAUGUGCUAAAUACAAACUUUUAGGUAUUAAUAUUGAUAGUUGCUAUUGUAAGAUGUUUGUUUGUGUGUCGGUUUUGACAAAUAAAGAUUUCUUGUUCA